GCGACAGUUGGUGAGCCGCAAAGCCUUUUGGGAUACAGUUGAAGGUCUAUCAAAGAUGGCGGACGGUCCAGCUGGAUUUCAUUUCGAUGAACUAAACAAAGUUCGGGUGUUAGAACCUGAAAUUAGUCAGCAGACCCAGGAGCUUAAGGAAGAGUGCAAAGAAUUUGUUGAUAGUAAGUCUGAAUUAUUUCUUAGAAAAAUGUGUGAAGCAAAACUUAAAUAACUUUUCUUAAUCUGUGCGGUUUCUGUUCUUCGUUUACUUCGUUUACAGAAGACAUCAUUAACUCAUAUUGAUUGUAUUGCUCGUUAGAAAUUGGAGAAUUUCAAAAAAUCGUGGGAGGAUUUAUAGAUAUGGUUGAUGCUUUGGCCAAGGAGGUAGAAAAGGAGAAAAUGAAGGUAAACGUACAGUUCAAGAUCAUGAAAUAAGCUUAUUUGUUUAUGCCUGGAAUGCAGGGCGAAUGCUGUCUCCUUGGUGAUAUACGCUCCCUUGUCCAUAUCCAUAUGAAUAUCUCCUCUUUGUGCCAAAAGUCAAAUUUUGAGUCUUGUAAAUUAAAAAGUAGUAAUUAAAAUCUUUUCCAAAUAUUUCAGGCUAUUGGCUCAAGAAAUCUUUUGAAGUCAAUUGCAAAGCAAAGAGAAGCACAACAGCAACAGCUUAGAGCACUGAUUGCUGAAAAGAAAACACAGCUUGAACGGUAAGAAUCACUGUAACACUUGUUGGCUCAGUCUAACACAUUAUGCAUCUGUAUUCCUGGGAUCCAUAUUCCCAGUCGUGUGGUCGUCCCAGAAGACUACAAUCUCGUACGGACAAUGAAGGUAACUGCAAAAAUUGCCCUUUGGACGAGUAUUAAAGGUUUUGCUCAACCACAAAAUCUUUUCAAAAAUUCUUAUAUGAUUUUAUACAUUUUCCUCGUGUUCUGAUUAAUUAUCAUCCACUUAAAACGUUUAGAAGAAUGGAGAAUAACAAGCAGCGUUUGUCUGCAAUGAAAUGGUAAGUUUGGGCGCCAUCUUUGAUGGUGCAGUAUUUUCUACGAAACGUUUGCAGGCUCAGUUUUUUGUGAAGUACUGCAUUCAGAGGGAUUCAGAGGCCAUUCUUAGAUGUGGUGUAUUUUAGAAGGCAUUUUGUCGCCAUCGGCCAAAAAAGAAAAAAGGUGAAGCAGAAGCCAGUGCAUUAUAUGCAUCAAGAUGUGACGUUCUUUAGAAGACAUUUCGCUGCCUUUGACAAAAAAAGGUGACGCAAGAGCUACUGCCUUAUGCAGGGGAAAAAUGUAAGCGUACCGUCUUGCCUUCAUGGCAAACUGAACAACCGUGGCUACUUGCAAAACAUAAAUAAACUGUGUUUAGCCUAGGCUUGUAGCCUGUGGCGUACUUAUCAGUUUAUUUAAAACCUUUCUUAGUAACUAUCUGGAAAUAAAAUGCUACUAAUACUAAUAAUAAUUAUUGUGAAGUUGCAAAAUUUGACAUAAAUGAAUUCCCAACGCAGUACAGUUGAAAAGAAUACCCAUGCACAAAGAGUGCAAAAUAUGAAGAAUAUUACUUUACUUACCAAGGAGGUUUGGUGGUGAAAUUUGCUGGCCUGACAUAAUCACGCAUAAAGGCCAUUGUGACUGCUUUGGUUUCCGUGAUAAUUGCAGUAAAAGUUGCCAAUUUGGUGAACAGUCAUGUGCCAAACUUUACUGUCUUAUUAGUAAGUCUUCAAGUUCAAGAGAGAUCCAUGGAUUUAUAUUUGCAUGAAAUAUUAUUUAUGCUCUGUUUUCUUUAUCACUCGACUCUUUCACCCUAGGCUGUCUGGGUAUUAAACCUCGAGAUGUUACAUGCACUUCCAAAUUCUAUUACAGUAGUUGGGCAGCUUCAACUUAUCACGCAAUACUGCACAAAGUGUCCUUUCUGGCAAUGAGAUAAUGUUGUACCUGGGGACCAUUGUAUGAUUUUAAGUCGCUAAAAGCGCAACUCUGAAAUUGAAAAUGAAAUUCAGGGCUCGACAUUGCGACCUGUGGGGUCACCAAUGCGACCAGCUUUUACUCAGUGGCGACCAAAUUUUCACGCCUGGUCGCCAACCUGGCUUCCAAGAUAGGAGACUUUCUUCUUUGGGAAAUCGUACACUAAUGAUAAUCUGUUAUCCUUCACAAAACUAAAUCCAUUAAUUCUUAAAUAUAAUUUUUGGCGACCAGCAUACUUGUUCUGGCAACAAGAAAUGAAAACUUGGGGGCCAACUGGCCCCAAGAUUUGUUUCUGAAAGUUGAGCACUGAGAUUGAAAAUGUUGAGCCUGGAGCACUGUUACUACUGUGCUUUGUAAUCAACAUGAACUUUUGUAAGUUGAUUGAGUGUGUGAUCUUCUCUCAUACGUUUGUUAUAUUUGCCCUCUAUUGCUUGAUUCUAGAGGUAAUCCAAUAAAACUAUUAUAAGUGCAACAAGUGUAGCCAUUGUUUUAGAGUUUGAACGCGACAGCUAAACUUGUAGUUUGUAGUGCAUGUAACAGCAAGAAAUAUCAACUACACUGGUUUCUUAAUGUCACACAUUAUAAAUACAUCACGUACAUGUUUUUGUAGACAUUUUAGAGCUUUGUUCAGAUCAUAAGCAGCAUUUUGCUCUCUUUUCAUUUUAUUAUAAGAUUCCGAGUGCAACAUGAAGCUUUACAAAAGGUGGAAAGUGAACAGAAUGAAUUUAUAGAGCAGUUUAUUCUGCAGAAGUGACUGGAAAUACCAGGUAAGAAUCCUAUCCAUCAUCCAUUCU